AACACAUGUAGGAGCGAAAUAUUGCACGCAGUUUGCGAUUUUUCAUUUUAAAAAAUUAGUACCCAGUGGAAAAGAUGACGUUGAUUUUUAAGCCAAAUUUAUGUAGCCGAUCAAACUUAUUAAAAAGGAUAGAUGUAGACAGAAGAGGAUUUGAAUUUCAUCUUAAUAGUUCAUUGAUGCAUAAUCCAAUUAUGCAUUUUUUUAAUAUCAUAGGAAAAAAACGUAAUCUGCCCAGAAGGUUCAUUUAUUGUUCUGGAGGACUUCUCAAAACAAUCCAAAUGGCAGAUUUAUUUCCGAAUUCUAAAGUAUUUGUCGACAAAAAGCUGAAAAGACCAGUGUAUGAAGUCUUAAUGAACUAUGAAAAUAUGUGCAAUCAGUUUGGUAAACAUCGGCCAACAAAAGAGGCUCUGAGAGAUUUUAUUUCUGAUCAUUUUGAAGAUGCCAAAGAAUUAGAGCUGUGGAUACCUCCUGAUUGGAAGCCGCUUCCACGACUUAUAAAAAAAAUAGCUGAUAAAAACUUGAAGAAAUGGGCUACUCAGAUUAAUGCACAGUGGACUCACCUAGGAAGAAAAGUUGCUCAAGAGGUUCAGUCACAGGCCCAGUUGUAUUCUUUAAUUCCAGUUCCUCAUGGUUUUCUGAUUCCUGGUGAGAAUUUAAAAGAGCUUUAUUAUUGGGAUUCCUACUGGAUUGUAAAUGGCUUAUUAAAAUGCAGUAUGCAUGAUAGUGCAAGAGAUAUAAUAAAGAAUUUCAUCUAUCUUGUUUCUAAAUAUAAUUAUGUACCAACGGGGACAAGAAUUUAUUUUAAAGGCAGAAGUCAACCGCCUUUGCUUCCUAUGAUGAUGGAAUCUUUUUAUAAUCACACCAAAGAUUUAGAAUUUCUAAAAAGCAAUAUUGAGAUUCUGGAAAAGGAAAUUGAGUAUUGGAAGAAAUUUAGGUCUAUAACAGCACGGAAAAAUGGUUUUGAAUAUAAAAUGUAUCUAUAUAAUGUACCAAGUGAGUUACCUCGACCUGAGGCUUUUAAGAAUGAUAUGGAAAGUGCAAUAUUAGCAGAUACUCCUGAAGAGUUGGUCAAACAUUUUACUGCUUUAACCUCAGCCUCUGAAUCAGGUUGGAAUCUCUCAUCAAGAUGGUAUGUUCAACAUGGAUAUAAUACUGGGACUCGAAGCAAUAUCCAGACACAGAUCAUUGUGCCAGUUGAUCUCAAUGCUAUCAUACACAAAAAUCUAGUCCUCUUUUCAGAGUGGUAUACGAAAUUUGGAGAUACAGUAAAGGCAAAAAAAUACCAAUGCGAAGCUGAAAAUUUGUUGAGAGCAAUUGAAGUUAUAUUAUGGAAUGAAGAACAAGGAGUAUGGUUAGAUUAUGAUUUGCACAAUAAUAUUCAGAGAGAUUAUUUCUACAUUUCUAACUUAGUCCCUUUAUGGACAAAGUCAUACAGCAAAGAUCCUAACAAAAUAACGUCAAAUGUAUUGAAGUAUUUGUAUGCUAAUAAGGUUGAUACUUUUCCAGGAGGGGUACCAGCAUCAUUGGAAGACUCUGGUGAACUUUGGGAUUUCCCUUAUUGUUGGCCACCUUUACAAGCAUUUCUUGUACAAGGUCUAGACAGACUUGGUACAACUGUUGGUUCUGAACUUGCAUUUCAUUUCGCGGAUAAGUUUAUUAACAGUUGCUAUAGAGAAUAUCAAAUUCAUGGGUCUACUCAUCCAUAUUAUGACUGCUAUGGAUCAGGGUAUUCCACAUCACCAGAAUCCUCAUCAUUAGGUUAUGGUUGGACCAAUGCAAUAAUUCUUGAAUUUUUAGAUAGAUGGGGUGAUCAAAUGUUUAUACCAGGUGAGGAUACUGAUAACAGUGUUUUAUUCACAAAAGACUCAAUAUAUGCCAAAGAUGAUGAGAAGAGAAUUAAAAAAGAUAAUUCUCAAAUAGCUGUUAACUGAAAUCAUGAAUUAAUUUUUGUUAAUUACAAUAAAGCUUUUUUAACUUAAAUUUUUGUUAAGAUAGUAUAAGGGUAGAAACUAACAUUAAAUUGAUGGCUUUGUUUUCAAGGAAAUUAGAAAAGUAGCUAAAACAACCUCUGUUUUGUUGAUAAGUUAAAUAUAUAUUAUUUUCAAAAAUUUAAAUACAAUGAUUAAGGAAGAAAUUAAAUAAAAUGAAUUAUAUCAAAAUGAUGAAUCAUGAUUGUACUAAUGUGUUAAUAACAGAUUUAAAAGUAUCAUGUCAUUUUAAGGUCAUAUGGUUAUUAAAGGACAAUAUUUCUUCUUGAUAUAUAUUUACAGGGGUGGGAAUUGGAAUAAUGUUUCAAUUUCCUCUAUCUUUCAGUUUAAUUAUAAUUAAAUUUAAAAAUGAUUGUUUACCACUAUUAUUCCUCUAUCGCUGAAUAAACAACUAUAUGAAUAUUUUAAAAAUAAAAUACUAACACAUAACUAGUAGGUCUAGACCUCUAUAUUCCUAUAUCAUUAAUAAUAGUAAGGUUUUUAAAAUUAAUCAAUUUUAAUCUUAGGGAAUUGAAUUUUAAAAUUUUGAGUAACAGAAAUUAAUUUUUGUGCUUUGUUUCAAUUUUUAAACAAUUUAUUAUACAACGAAUAUUGUACGUAUUGCCUAUAUGUAAUGUAUGAUGUAUAUAUUAUCUCUAUACUAACCGCUAAAAAAAAAACUCUAGCAAAUUAAAAAAAAAGAUACUAAGUGUUUCUCAUAAUUUUCAUGGUUCUAAGUUAUAUCAUACAUACUACAUACAUACAUAGAGCUCCACCAACAGUGCUUUAUUUCUCAUCUAACUGCAUACUAUUUCUCAUGCAGUUUGAAAAUAUAUCAAACUAAAUUACAUGGAUGUAAAAAUAAAAAGAAGAAAACAAUAGAGGGAGAAACAGCAACAAUUGGGACAUGGAUGGAACAUUUUCUGAAGCUUCUAUAAGUAAUAAAUACUGAGAAUGACCCUGUAAAUCAUGAUAAUAUGAACAUGAAUGUACAUGAGAUAUGUAUAUUCAAAACAGAGACUCACAACCGAUAAACCUUUAGUACAAACAAGCACACCUUUAGUUGAAACGGUUUUCCCGAACAAAUCACUCCCUGUAUACCUUCUUCUACUGACUGCCGCCACAGCCUAAAUUUUCAGUCUUAACACAAUUUUCAAAUGCUUAUUAUUUAACACUAAUUAACUUAUUAAGGAUUUGUUUCUUGUUAAUCAUAAGAACUUUUUACAUGCACAUUUCAAUGGUAUCAAACAACUAAUCCAAUUACCUAAUAAGGUGACUGCUCUGUUGGCCCACAUGGAAUAGCCUGAUAAAUUCUCAAUGGAAUCAUUUUUUUUUGGACCAAAUAUUCUAUAUAAUACUUUAUUUUCGAAGACCUCAAAUGAUUGUUUUUCAUUGAAUAAGUGAACACAUAUGCUAAUAUGGAGAACAAAACAAUAGGAGGAUAAUAAGUUACUAAAUUAAUUUUUAACAUAAAAUAUGAUCUGUAAUAGUAAAGUUAAAACAUAUUUUCAUAGCUAAAGUUGAUAUAUAUUUUUACAACUUUCAGUGAAAUUUUUAUAAACACAGUAAAUUGUUUUUUUGCUAGAGUUUUUGUUUUGCUAUGUAUUUCUAAAAAUAAUAAUUUAAAAUAUAGCUGUUUUAUUAACCAGUUACAAUUAUCAAUUCUCUAUUAUAGUCAUAAUAAAAAAUCUAAAUAAUAAUCUUAGUUAUUUAUUACUAACACAGUCAUUAUAUUUCUUUUAGUAAUAACUAAAAUUAAAAUAAACAAUUUUAUACCUGAAUUAUUGUAUUAUUAUAAUUUACAAAAUGAAAUGAAGACUGCUUAAUUUAUUUAAAUUCAAGUACCAGUUACUAGAACUAGUACCAGAUAUAAGCAAUACUAUAGAUCAAAAAGUAAAUAUAUAUAUAUUUUUUUUACUAUAUAU